UUUGUUUAAAAAUGUGAUGUUUUCUUUAAAUGAAUGACAUGUGGGGUCACAUCUUCCCAUGCAGCCAGAUGGCUAAAUGGGCAUUUAGGGCUACCUGCUGGUAUAGGGGACGUGGCUGGUGGAAGAGGGCAUGACCGUGCUGUCCCUACACCCUAGUGAUUCUUCACUGGCCUUGGUAUCCUUCAGAUUGUAGCAGGCUGCACCAGGUCAAACAGAGCAGCCCUAAAUUUGAGAGGGCAAAGGUCUCUUUAAGCAGCCUUAGCACCUUCCUCUCCUGAGGCCCCGCCUUUUAAAAAUAUAUUUUAAAUCUGUUGAAGUUUGAGCAAACUCUUGUCAGUCAUUCUUGAAUUCCCCAAAGCUGCCAGUGAGGAAAUCAGCACAGAGUUUAAACACCACAACCCCAAACCUUUGGUAGUCCUGACAGCAGAACUGAGAAAACCUGAGCACAGAGCUAACCCCAGGGGUGGCCCAGAACUCCAGAGACCCCUGACAAUCUGGGACGGCUUGCACAAUAGGCCAGACUCUGGAAACUUCUGCGUGAUCCUGUGAUCAUCAUGGGGAAACAAUGUGAGGGGUGGAGCUACAGCUGGCAGCGUUAUUCGCUAACUCAGGGCGUGGAUGUUGCUCUCCAGAAAGGAAUGUUACUGAGACAGUUAUUGACCCCGGAAAGCUGGGCACUGCUCUGGGGCGUGGGAGGAACCACUCCCUUACAAUCUGUUUUCCAAAGCCUUGCAAUAACUGCAAUUCCCCCAGGGUGACUUGAGCACACGGUGCCUGGGCACAGUCUCUGAAGGGGAACAGGGUCUAAAGCAGAGAUCGGUCUCUCCAGGUUGGGCUGGUCUGCCUAAGUCAAGUUGGCCUAGGCUGUGCGAGUGGGAGGGCUGGGAGGAGCAGCCAGUCCCUCACUAGAGGUGCCUUACCGUUCAUAGUAGUCCAGUCCCUGAUUUUCAUUGGGCUGCCUGGCAUUUUGAGAUCCGUGGGCCCAUUACACUUGUAUCCAUCUUGCUCAGGAUGGGCUGAUUCCCUCCCCCUCCCCCCAGGAAGGCACACAUAAUCAGGUCUGUGUAUCCCAUCGAAGAAUUCGGAAAAGCCCCAAAGCGGCCUUGUUUGGCCAGCUUUAGUGUGUGUGGGGGGGAGGGCUCAUGGGUCCAUCAUCCUAAGAGUAGGUGAUAGAAAUGGAAUCUCCACUGGGCUACAUCUAGUUGCUUUGGGCCUGGCUAACAGACCACUUCCUACCUCACAUCAUUCUGGUGCUGCUGUGAUUGUCAGAGGCCCUUGAUUUCCCAGACCUUGCUACGACAGAGAGGGUGCAUCUCACAGUACCUUCUCCACAGGGCUCUGGAACACCCUUCCCUCCUGAGUCUUCACAGCCUCAACAUAGUAUGCUUCGGUGCAAGCUGUAGGGCUCCUUUUUUUCUCCUAGGCUUUGCUGGGAGGGAUUGGGCACUGAGUGGGGAUUAGCUGAGGGAAUUAGUGUCUUGUUUCAUUGGGGGACAGGUAGCGAGAGUACUUUCAUAAUUAGAGAGCAAUUAAUCUGAGUGUUGUAGGGUCCUCUGGGCCACACUGGUAGCUUGACAUUAUCUGUAAUUUCCAUGUUGCACAAGCCCCUGGGGCUAAGGCAGACACGUUGUAAAAAUCAGAAAGGGAAAUUCAAACUUUAGUCAACCAAGUUUGAAUGUGAGGCUCUUAACCAGGGAAGUCCUGUUACUAAGCAACCGCAUCUCUGCCAGUGAGAUCAUAUGUACAAAAACCAGUUGAACCAUGUCUUUAGGGUGUUGCCUUGUGGGGUUUAUAGAAAAGGAAGGCGCACAUGUGUACAUUUUUGGUGCAGAGGUGUCAGUUAGACCCUGCAGCAGUCAGUGUGAAUAGACCUCCAGAGAGCAGAAUAAUUAUUUUUUCUUAUUUUCUAGUGGAAAAAGAAUUGCUUCCAAGUGUACCAUGGCGUGGUGGAAGGGCUGGCGUGAUGAAGAUGGCAGCUCAGUGAGAGGCACCCUGAGCUUUGACCCCACACCUGAUGCCCAAGUUUUGUAUAAAGCCAUGAAAGGACUGGGGACUGACGAACAGGCUAUAAUCGACGUCCUCACCAAAAGGAGUAAUGCACAGCGUCAAAAGAUUGCCAGAUCAUUCAAGGAACAGUUCGGAAAGGAUCUUAUUGCCAGCUUGAAGUCUGAACUGAGUGGCAAGUUUGAGAGGCUCAUCAUAGCCCUUAUGUACCCACCUUUCAAAUACGAUGCCAAGGAAUUACAUGAUGCCCUGAAGGGUCUAGGAACAAGUGAAGGUGUCAUUAUAGAGAUCCUGGCAUCACGGACAAAAGUGCAAAUUAAAGAAAUAAUCAAAGCUUACAAAGAAGAAUAUGGUUCUAACCUGGAAGAGGACAUCAAAUCGGACACAAGUGGCUACUUUGAGCGGAUAUUGGUUUGCCUCCUUCAGGGUGAGAGGGAUGAUCCAAGAUGCUAUGUGGAUUCAGCGAUGGUUCUUCAGGACGCACAGGCUCUUUACGCUGCUGGGGAGAAGAUACGGGGCACUGACGAGAUCCAAUUCAUCACCAUCCUGUGCACCAGGAGUGCCACCCACUUGCUGAGAGUCUUUGAUGAAUACCAGAAGCUCGCCAGUAAAAGCCUAGAAGACAGCAUCCAGAGUGAAACCCACGGCUCGCUAGAAGACGCCAUGCUGGCUAUUGUGAAAUGCACGAGGAACAUCCACAGUUACUUUGCAGAGCGGCUGUACCAUGCCUUGAAGGGAGCAGGCACUUGUGAUGGGACCCUCAUAAGGGUCAUCGUUUCCAGGAGUGAAAUUGACUUAAAUCUCAUCAAGGCUGAGUUCCUAAAGAUCGCAGGCAAAUCCCUCUCCACCAUGAUUCUGGAGGACACAAGUGGUGAUUACAAGACAGCCUUGCUGAAUCUCUGUGGCAGUGAUAAAUGAAGAAAUCUGAAGGGAAAAGGCAAGAUGUUGAAAUGGAGGCACGGAAAAUGUUGGCAAUGAAUAAGUGUCUGGGAAUGGAUGUCUAGAAAAUACCUAGCACUGAAUAAAUAGAAAAUGGAAAA